AUGGUGCACCCUAAAAGGAUAUUAGACUCCUUAGUCUAUAUUUUAAGACAGGCCGCUUACAGCUAUUACGCUAGCAUCCUAGCAGAUACGCGGACCUUAGUCUAG